AUGGGACCCGACGUCGACUUAUCCGGUGAGGCAGGCGGCCGUGAGCCAGACGCAACCCAUGAGAUGGAGAUGGAUAUGUGGAGAAUGGAAGCAAUGGAGCCAGCUGGAGAGCCGAAAUCGAGCGUGUUUGUGAAGGUGGUCAAGAUGGGCCAGGGAGGAAGUGAUGUGGAAAGGAAGGAAGGAGACGGGAAGAAGAAGAUGGGUCCAGGUCCAGACAAGCGGGAGGCAAAAUGCAGCGCCGGCAUGGCACCAAGUCCCGUCCAGGUCCAGGUCCAUGUCCAUGUCCAGGACCAGCAACCACAGCAGAGUAAAGCAAAGCAAAGCAAAAGCACCACGCACCGACGAACCUGCACCUGA